AUGAAUGGCCAUCUAAUUUGGCUUUUUAUUAUCCUGUCUUAACAUCCCAUAAACGGAUAGACUUAUCAUGACUACUAGAUGCUAAUGUAGUACCAUCAGGAGAGAAACAAAUUGAAUAAACCAAAUUUUCAUGAUUAUUACCUGUAUAAAUUUAAUAAAAUUAAAAAAUUAUUCAUCUUGAAAUUUACAGACAUUCCAAUCCAUAUAUAAUUAUGGCCAAUUUAAUUUUCGAUCAUCCCUAAUAAACCACUAUGUAAAUAACUUAACUAGGUCAUGAAUUAAAAUAUAAUUGGCUCAUCAUGGUAGCCCCAAACUACUUUAAAAAAAGGAUGGUUUUUGAAUGGAUAAAGAGUUGAUAAACUAUUUGAAAAUUUCAAUUUACAAUAGUGGGCAAUUUUCACCUAACAUUGA